AUUAACAGCCCACAGUACUUGAAGUCGGUGUGAACAACAAUAACAGACUUCUCCACUUGAAGAGCCAACGAACCUAACCAGCAACUCUAUUUGACACUUGACCCAAAACCAAAUCUCAUCAAACAUUAUUUUUUCACCACCACCACCCCAAAAUCGAUGGGACUCCUCACCUUCUCCUUAACUGGCACCGGUUUCAUCCUCAUAGGAUCACUCGAAUCCCUCCGGUCUUCCCAAACCAACAAACUUAACAAAAACCCAUGCCCCUUCUACAUCACUCUCUCCAUCUUCUCCUCUUUCAUCAUCUUCUCAUCCCUCACAUCACUCUUCAACGCCGUUACCUCUAACGACGCCGUUGGCUCAUCUCUCCAACUUCAAACCAUCCCAAUCGCUUUACUUUUCCUUUUCCACUCUCUUCUCUCUCUCUUCUUCUCUCUUCCCUCACAUCUUCUUAACCUAAUUCUCACCUUCGCUUUCUCUCAAGAGUUUCUCUUAUUCUACCUUCAAAGAAAAGACCCUUCCGGUGUUGAAAAUCGUUACUACGAUCUCUUAUUAGUUCCCAUCGCUGUUUGUGUUUUUUCAACCCUAAUUGAAUUAUUAGGUUCUGAAUCGCUUUCGUCGUCUUCUGUUGCGAAAUUGGGCCGUGGUGUUGGGCUUAUUUUACAGGGAACGUGGUUUAUUCAAAUGGGCCUGUCUUUAUUUUAUUCGAGUUUUGUGGCCCAAGGGUGUGAUUUACAUUUAGUUAGUAAAGGGAAUUAUAGUUUGAGAUGUAAGGGACAUUCUGAGUAUCAUAGAGGUAGAGCUAUUGCUACGCUUCAGUUUAAUUGUCACCUUGCUCUUAUGGUUGUUUUGUUCGUGGGGUUUUAUUCAUUCACUUGUGCCAAAAUUGGAAAUUCAGUUAAUGAUACUUUGAGGUAUAAGCCCAUUGGAGGUGAGAUGCAAUCUUUUGAUAAUUCGGUCGGAAAGUUUAGUUUGGAUUCUGAUGAUGAUAAUGAUGAGAUUAAGGAUGCUAAUGUGGAGAACCAGAAGUUAAGCAAUGGAAUCAAUGGUAAUCACUCUAAUCAUUGAAAUGAAAAGUUGUUUGUGUUUUAGAUUAAGGAGAAAGCAAAGGGAUCAUAUUGUUUAGUUUGUAUAACAAAGGGAUUUUUCAUUUGUUGUUAUGGUUAUGAGUGCCUAUGUAAUGUAAUGUUGUGCACUUUUCAAAUAAAAUGUGAUUUCUAGUAUGUCUUACAUUAUGUUAGGGAUCUAGUGAUUUCCAGCGUUAGAGAUGUUCCGUUGUGAAUUAACCACAACAUUGUACAAUGUUUAUUCAAAUUAUUUGCAUUUUUAUAUAAUGUAUAAUACUAGUUGAGACUUGAGAGAUGAGUGAAGGUCAAAACCAGAAGGUAGUGUUUAAAUCUAUUUUGAAAAAUGCUUUUUAUUCUUCUAGGUUGAAAAAACAGGAUUCUCAGAUAUAAUUUUUAUGAACGAGGUUGCAUAAUAUGAUUUUGAUUGUUUUA